AUGAACUCAAGAAGCACACAUCUUACAGAAUAUGCAAUCAAAGAAAUCAUCUCCGAGAAAUUCGCUUCAUGGAAAUCAGUCAGUCCUUCAAAUAUCAGCAUCACUAGAUUGACAGGCUUAACAAAUAUUACUUAUAAAGCCUAAGCUAUGAUUGACACUACACCUUAAACAAUUUUGUUCAGAGAGUAAUGAGUUUUAUCAUUUAAAAUUAGAUUUGGGAAUGCUGAAGGAUUCGUGGAUUCAUAAUAAGAGAGAAUCAUCUUUAAAACUAUAUCUGAUAUGGACCUCGGACCUUAAGAGUUGGAAUGUGGUAACAGUUGGAGAAUGGAAGAAUUUGUAAAAGAUGGAGUACAUCCUAACAACUAAAAGAUGGCUGAAGCUAAUUUUUAAUUUAAGUCAAUGGGAGUGUUAUAGAAAUUCCAUUAGAUGGAGAUCCCUAUACCUAAUAAUGGGUCAUCUUCUAUUAUAAAUAAGACACUUUCAGGAGAAAUGAAAGCAAAUGUUAUCAAGAAGAUUGAGAAACGAGAAUUAUAUACAGAUGUAGAACUUAAAUAGUUGGAAUGUAUGGAAAACUUCAUAAAUAAUGAAGAAGAAUUCAGUUAUUUAAAUAAAAUGACUAGAAAGGAGAAUAAUGAAGAGGUAUUGUUAUUAACAAUAAUUUUUAGUUAAAAUUCUGCCAUAAUGAUUUGAAUUAAUUAAACAUAUUUAAUACAUCUAAUAAAGACAAAGAAAUCAUAUUCAUUGAUUAUGAAUAUUGUUCAUACAAUUAUCCAUCUUAUGAUAUUGCUAAUUUUCUUAAUGAAUCUGCAAUUAAUUAUUAAUAUGAAGAAGCACCUUACUACAUUCUUGUGGAUGACAAUUUUAAUACUGCUCCAAUUUAAGCACAUUUCCUUGCACUUAGUUAUAUACUCAAUAAGGAGUGUACCUAAAUAGAAAUAGAAUAAAUCUAAAAGUUGAUCAAUGAAAAAACUAAUAAAAAUAAAGAUGAAUUAAAGACUUUCAUUGAAUUAGUUAAAUAAAUUCUUGAAUAAAGAUUAAGUUAAUAAGAAAUUGUUGAAUUAUUCCAUGCAAUUUCUUAUCUAAAAAGAAGAAUUAGAAGAUAAUAAAUAUUAUCCAAUUUGAAUUGGAUAUGGUGGAGUAUUCUUUUAGCUCAUGAAAAGAAUUCUCUCAAUUUUGAAUAUAUAGAUUAUGGUUUUUUGAGAUUCAAAAUGCUUGAAAAACUUUUAGAAUUAGAAAAAGCAAGAAAAAAUACUUAAUGA